GGCAACUUCCUGUUUAUUCCAAUAUGGCAUAUGGGACCAGCAUAAUCCAAGCUAUGCUUUAGCUACAUGGCACUGUGUGUUUUUAGCAGAAGGGCCAUGUUACAGCUGUAUGGGCUCCUGCUGCUGCUCUGCGGCCUGGCUCCGCUAGCUGCGGCCCCCGUUGAGAGCGUUCACCUGCCGAGCACAGGAAGGUUCUGGCACAUCACUGACCUGCACCUGGACCCCACCUACCACCUGGCCAAAGACCCCACCAAGGUGUGUUUCUCUUCCAAAGGGGCCCCGGCCACCCAGGCUGGCCUGUAUGGAGACUUCCUAUGUGAUUCACCGUACAGCCUCAUCCAGUCAGCCUUCACACACAUGGCACAGGUCACCCCGCCGCUGGACUUCAUCAUAUGGACUGGUGAUAGUCCACCUCAUGUACCAGUGGGUGAGCUGUCUACAGACACAGUGAUCCAGGUGAUCAGCAAUAUGACACAGACGAUCACAGACCACUUCCCCGACCUGAAAGUCUACCCUGCUCUGGGCAACCAUGACUACUGGCCACAGGAUCAGAUGCUGACCUCCACUAAUGCCAUUUACCAGGCUGCUGCCAAGCUGUGGGCACCUUGGCUGGAGCCUGAAGCCCUGCUCACACUCUCAGAAGGUGGUUUCUACGCCCAGCUGGUAAGGCCUGGCCUGCGGCUGGUCAGUCUGAACACGAUUCUCUACUAUAGCCCAAAUAAAGUCACCAUCAACAUGACUGACCCUGCUGGACAGUUCCAGUGGCUGCAGGAAACGCUGGAGAGAGCUGCGCAGAACCUUGAGAAGGUAUUCAUCAUUGCCCAUGUCCCGGUGGGGUACCUGCCCUUCGCCAAAGGCAUCACAGCUAUAAGAGAGAGCUACAAUGAGAGGCUCGUCUCCAUCUUCAGAGAGUACAGCCACGUCAUCGCGGGACAUUUCUAUGGCCACACCCACCGAGACAGCAUUAUGGUGCUGCUGGACGAGGGAGGUAAACCUGUGAACUCUCUCUUUGUGUCACCGGCCAUUACGCCGAUCAAAAGUGUUUCGGAGCCUUACUCGAACAACCCAGCCUUCCGCAUGUACCACUACAACAUCAAGGACUUCAGCGUGUUGGAUAUCUGGCAGUACUUUUUGAAUCUGACGGAAGCCAAUGAGAAACAAAGAUCUGACUGGAGGCUUGAAUACAUCAUGACUGAGGCUUUUGGACUGAAAGACCUGCAGCCACAAAGCCUGCUCCAGCUGGCCCUGAGCUUCAGGCUGCCACAAACCAAAGCCUUUGACAAGUAUUUCAGUCACUUCAUGGUCAGCUACAACAACAGUAUAGUCUGUGAAGGAGACUGUAAACUCUGCCAGGUGUGUGCUGUGCUUUACCUGGACCAGCAGUCCUACUCCAAAUGCACUGCAAAGGGAAAGUGGUAGGAUCAGUGUGAACUAAAACACGUGGAUUUUUUUUUCAGGGAUUUUACUGGGGACGCCGGUUGACUCUUUGAUUUGAGAGUUUUAUUUCACUUGAAUUUCACUUUUAUCUCACUUCACUUGAAAUGUGUGCAAUCAUCAGAAGGACAACACCAUGCUCUGCGUCAGGUUCUCUCAUAUAUAUUUAAAUAUUUUAUGUUUUCACCUUUCCUCUUCAUUAAGUAACGGCCAUAAAAAGAGAUUGAUACUCAUUUAAAGUCGACUAAUGACAGUCAGUUUUACAGUUCACCUCUUUAUCGCCUUUGUCAAAGCUUAAAAAUCCUCCACUCAUUGACUUCUCCUUACCUACAUCUUCUCUUUUUGUGACUGACAUAGAUUUAAUAAGGGAAAGCAAUAAGGAUACAGUUUUUUAUCUGGAUUUACAUCACUGUACUACUUGAAUUACAGCAGUUUGCAGUUGCUGAAAAACAGCACUUACAGUUACAGCAGUCGGUGCCACACAUUCCAGUUAAAUUGGAUUUUUAUGAUUAAUACUACUAGCAUUGUUGCACAGAAAAAAGCCAUGAUUGUAAGAAUUUUAAUUGAAGGAGUAAGUAUGAAUGGGUGUGUUUGUAAUUCACUUCUCUUAUUUUUAUACAAAUAAAGAUCUCUUUUAAGACUGAUUUCAACA